GGUUAUUUUUCAGAAGGAUUGACCAUUCGCACAUGUUGUUACUCAAGAGAAUUAAAAUGGUGCAAAUGAGAUGAGGAAGUAACUCGUUGAUAGCAUCUGAUAUGCUUUAGAACUCAUGGUAUGGCUGCUAUUCGUCAACUGGUUGGAAUUGAUAAAGACCAAGAAUUACUCGAAGCAGCCAGAAACGGGAAAUGCGACGUCAUCGAGAAACUUUUGAAAAAGUCGACGGGUGCUAGCAGUCUGCUGACCAAUCUAAGUAGUCUUUUGAAAGUUAAUAUCAACUGUGUUGACAGAGAGAAAGACACACCACUCCACUUGGCAGCUCUUAAUGGUCAUGUAGGUGCUGUAGAGAUUUUGUUGAGAGAGAAUGCCUCCGUAAAUGUGGUGGACAACCGAGGAUGCAAUCCUCUCCACUUAGCAUCCUGGAAAGGGAACGUGAAGAUAUGUGAAAUACUUUUAAGAAACCCGCAUUCACAAAUCCAAGUCAACUUGCAGAACAGUGAUGGGGAAACUCCACUCCACAGUGCAGCACAGUAUGGUUUUACCCCUACAGUCAAAAUUCUCCUGGAGUACAAUGCAGACCCAACCAUCCGGAACUUAAAGGAUGAAUCACCUCUUGACCUUGCAGCUCGUUAUGGUCGAGUGGAAGUGGUGCAGUGUCUUAUAGACAAAUGUCCAGACCUGGUCCAAAGUCCCAUCCUAAUUCACUCUCCUCUUCACCUGGCAGGGGCAUGUGGACACAAGCAGAUAGUAGAGAAUCUAUUGGACAAGGGUUUUAACAUAAACACAAAGACAGAAGAUGGCACUGCUCUGCAUUUGGCUGCCCUGUACUGCAAACCAGAAGUUGUCAAAAUCUUACUAGAUAGAGGUAUCGACUGUACACAGUUAAACAGAGAUGGAAAAACAGUGUUACAAAUUCUUACCGAACAAAGGAACCAGUCUUCCUAUUCAGAGCUCAUCACAUUAAUUAAAGAUCAUGGUAAUAAAGUUACACAACUUGAAAGUCAGGAUGUCAAUCUGUAUGACACAUUGGUAGACCACACCUCCAAACCUGUCCCUAAGCCCCGCCUCUCAAUGGGCAGCUCCCCAGAAAUGGAGAAGAAAAGUCCCACUGCCUGUAGAAGUAGCCAGGUGUCUGUACAGUAUGCCAAGAUUGACAAGAGUAAAACAGAAAAUGUCCUGGCAAGAGAAGAUGGCAGAAAUGCUGUUUCCCAGAAGGCCCCUCCACCUGUGCCCCCGAGACAGUCAACGAUUGAUGGUGGUGAUACGUCGCCUGUACACAGGACCAUUCAGGAAGUGUCGAUGGAGAGGGAUUCUAUAACGUUCCAAAAUAUUCAACCAUUCCAGCCUCCGUUUCCGCUACCUCCUGAUAAUCCCACCCAAGCAAAACCUCAGCCAUCCCGACGUUCUGGAAACCGGCAAAUAGUGUCCAUGUAUGAUCCUUCCUUUUCCGUGGAGAAAUCUCCCAAAAUGUGGAGAGCAGCAUCCAGUGUUCAGAAUCUAAGUUUGACUGACCAGCCCCCCGCUCCGUGUGAUGUAAAACCUUUACAGCCAGGAUAUAUGGCCAUGGCAAAUUCUCCUGUUCAAAGUCCAAAGCCAAAUCGACCUGUAAAACCUCAGAGAAAAAAGAAAGCAUUAAGCCCUGUACCUAAGAGAAGCAAUUCGCCAAAGUCAAGUCCAGAAAGAAAAGAAAAUGCCCCACCAACCAGCUGUCAAAGUUCUGUAGAUAGUGUAAAACUUAACACAGGAAGUGAUGUCACAAAGCAAUCAACAAAAUCAAAAGAAAGCAACUUUUCAUCUUUUACAGAAGAGGCUGCACCUGCCCCGUGUGAUAAUUCUAAAGAUUGUAAGGAUGCUGGGGAAACAUUAAAUGAUGACAAAGUGAAAGAACUGGCUGAAAACAAAGCGAUAAAUGUUGAUCAAUCCGAUUUGGAUGUUAAUGUGAGUAAGAAUGACACAAAAGAUGAUGUCGAACCAACACUGGAAUAUGAAGUAAUGUCACAAGUAAAGCGCCCAGACACGAUGGGAAAAGGUACAGAUGUACAAAGCCAGAGUUCUUCCCUAGACAGAAUGGAUGUUAUUGAUACUUACCAAAUUGCUUCGGAUGUAACGAGGAAAAGUUCAAUGGACAGAAAAGAUGUGAUUGACACGUACCAAAUUGCUGCUCAUGUUGGAGGUAAAGGGGAUUCUAUCGACAGGAAAGACGUGAUUGACACGUACCAAUUAGCAGGGGAAGUAGCUAUACUGAAGGAGGAGGACAUGUUGCCAACACCGUGUCCUGCUGGAGUAAACGAGGAAGGUGUGGAAGUUAAGGAAUCGGCCACGGCUGAAAAUAAGAACACUAGUAAGGACUUUGGUUUGAUUCCUGAGGAGACAGGCGUGCAGUAUGAAAACAAUGCUUCUGUCAUAACAGCAUGGGGAGGAAGAGAAGAUGCAGUAGCAGAGGAAGGGACACAGUAUGAAAAUAAUGCCUCUGUGUCUAGAAUGAGUUUUCCAAAUCACCUGAGAGAUUCGAAAGGAUUCACACCAAUGAGAGAAUCAAAAGGAUUUUCACCCCUUAGAGAUUCACAAGUAUUUGAGACAAAAAAUAUGGACGGGGAUUCAAAAAAUGAAGAAAAUCCAUAUGAUGCUACUCUUUUUCAGCAGUCUAAAAUUGUACAAGAUUCUGAGAACAUUCCAAAUGCUCAAAGUAGACGACCAAAUAGUGACAUUCCAAAGAGUGAAGAUGGACCAAAUAAAAAUGUGGAGGAGGAAAGUAAGGAAACUUCUGAAGUGGAGUAUGUAAAUAGCUGUGAUAGAAAUUCUAACAUUCCGAAAGAACUAGAAGAUGGCGCUCCUGCAGCAGAAGUGAUAUAUGAUGUACCAAUGGGUCAUCCUCCAAGAAAGAUAGACAUUCCAAAACCAGCUGCUAGAAAGCUAGUAGACAAGAGUCCCAGUGCUGAAAAACCAGACAUUCCAAAGAAACCCAAGCCCUCACUUGUUCCAAAACCCUCGUUAAAAAGUGAUAAACAAAACUUGGUUAGUGCUACAAAGAAAGAUAACUGUGAUGUUCCAGUCUGUGAUAUUACUGGUGGGGAGUAUGUGACUCUAACAGCACCUCAUCCGAAGGAAAAGUCUGAGAGGUUGUCUAACGGGGUUCGUGAACCAAAAGAAGAUACAGGACAAGGUAUAAAGCCGCCAGGGUCCUUGGAAUUCGGUAAGAGGAGACAGACGGAGGGAAUACCACUGACCCCCACUGGAUACACACAGCCCCCCACACCCGACUUUCCCCCUCCAUCACCACACACAGCCUUGGUGGGCAUUGAAGAAAGAAUGGCUGUUAUUGAUAACAAGAGAUCUUCUAAAGACAUGGAAACCAUAACUGAGAGCAAUAUGAUGACAGAUUCCCAGAGUCAAGGUCACACCACUGAUACCCAGAAUUCCAAGAAUCCUGUCAUCCUGACAGCAGAGGAGCAUGAAGAGCCAGUGGUAAUGAGAAGAGCCUCCACUAGAGGGAGCAGCAGUAGCAUGGAUGAUAUUGUCACAGACGACAAGCUUGGUCCAUUUGCUGCAAGCUCUCUAAUCCAGGACCAUGCUAACUGUCUAUAUCGGGGCUCAGUGAUCGGUGGACCACGGACUUUAGUGACCCAAAUAACAGACAAUGUUGCCCAACGAAACUCAUGGAGAAAGUCCCUUCCUGGUGCCAUGGCAAUGACCAUUGAACCAAUGAAAGAAGAAAGUAUUGAAAAGAAAAUGGCCACAAUUGCCAUGUCAACACAUGAUCCAAGAAUGUCAAGAUUGCAUGGGAAAGAGGAGGGAGGAGAUGAUGAUGAAGAAUGGGCCAAGAUUGAAGACAUAAUGGCAUCCUUUGGGGGUGGAAUUGCAAGAGAGUCUGUGUUCAUACGAGAAAUGGAACCGGCCUUUCUGAAAAAGUUAGCAGAUAGCUUACAACAGUAUCCAGGUCGGAUUCUGAGUGUUGGGGAAUGGUUGGAGGAGAUAGGACUAGGCCAGUAUGAGAAUACACUGGUCGCUAAUGGUUUUGAUCACACAGAUUUCCUGGGUAAAAAUAUCAUGGAAGAUGGUGACCUUGAAACCAUAGGAAUUACCUCAUCAGAACACCGGAAGAAGAUCCUGGACUCGGCAAAAUCACUGUCCCAGAUCACUCCGAUUGACCCAGAUAACCUUCCACCGUCUGUCAGCGAGUGGUUAAAUUCCCUUCACCUGUCAGACAGGACAGAAACAUUUGUGAACAAGAACUUUGACACCAUGGAGCGUGUGUUGAAGCUGUGGGAAGUAGAACUUACGAGUGUGUUGGAUAUCACAGCUGUCGGACACAGGAAACGAAUACUGGCCUCUCUGGAAAACAGGAAAAAAUUGGAAAGGCAGUUUCCUAGUCUGAAGAAACGCAGUAAGGAUGAGGAUAAAGCUUCGAAGGAACCUGAACUUAACCUUUAUAAGGACUACACCAAAGUCAAACCUCUAGCCUCGUCCUCAGAGGAAGAGAGCAAAGUAUCCCAGAAUUCCCUGCCAGACAGCAGUGAGGAUGAGGAAGUAUUCCGUAAAGAACAGGGUAAAGCUUUGAGGGACAGCUCUAUACACAUACGACCUCCCCAUCAGGCAAACACGACCACACCCAUCAAGCAGUGGAGACACAGACCAGAAAUGCUGAUCAAAGGCUGCUGUAACUACUCCGCUCAGUAUUUGGGUUCUACACUGGUGAGGGAACUUGUUGGGACAGAGUCCACAAUAGAGGGGAUUACAAAGCUAAAGACUAAAUAUAGGAGAAAACUCCAGAAGUCAGCAGACGUCAUUGCGAAAAUUCCCACCAUUCUGUUGUCCAUUUCCUUCAAAGGAGUCAAAUUCAUUGAUGCCAAAUCCAAGAAGGUCAUCUGUGACCACGAGAUUGGGAACAUUUUCUGUGCCUGUCAGGAUGCCCACAGCAUGAAUUUCUUUGCUUACAUUACACGGGACAACCAAGCAGCCAAACAUUAUUGUCAUGUGUUCAGCUGUAGAACUGCAGAUUUAGCAAGGGAGAUAAUUAUGACACUUGGAGAAGCUUUUGAGGUGGCAUACCAGAUGGCCCUGAAGGACAAAGCGAUGGUUGAGGCAACUGAAUUUGAGCAGAAACUUAGCCAAAGUGACACUGAUGAUUCAAGUAUAUCCUCAUCGAAAGCGUCCAUCAACACCGUCUGACACUUGGCCCAGAAUACCAGGCAGAAGAAAAUAAUGGGAGUGACCCUGGUACUAGUGUGUGCUUUAUUAAGAGCAGUGAUCCUGGUACUAGUGUGUGCUGUAGUAAGAGCAGUGACUUUGCAGCAGUACAUAUAUCUAGGACAACAGUUAUGUUUGUACAGUAACUGGAGUGUCAUAACAUCAGACAAGUUGUUGGGUCAGGACAAACCAUUUGACCAUAACAGGCAUAAAUCAUGGUACCGGUAGUACUGCUGGACUGAGACAAACAGACCACACAGGUGGGAGCAAAGGCCGGUGUCAACUGCAAUCCUGAAAUCACUCCAAACGAUUCCACAAUUGAUGAUCUUAAGCAAAAGAGAUGUUUUUUUUAAGUCUGAAUCUUGAAUGUGCCAUUUUUAAAUUCUACUUAUAAUCAAUGUUGCUUAGCAUUUCACUUUUACAAGUCCACACCUUGGAAUUUCUGCACAAUUCAUCAUAUUUUAAUAGUAUUAAUUGGAACAAAUUAUAUUCAGUGUACAUAGAUGUUACAUAUAUGACUGUAUAUAAUGCAAUGGUGAAUAUUAGAAUUCAUAUUUAUUAUUGAAAAGAUACAGUUGCUAAAAUGUUGGUGCUUUUGAGUUCUUUCUGCUUAUAUUAAAUCAUGAAUUUUUGAGAACAGAAUGUGUGAUUGCUUUUGAACUGUUCAAGGUAAACUAGAUGAAUUGAAAAAAAUAACAUGUUAAUACAUUUAUUAUAUACUGUUUGUGUCAGACAAUUUAUGUGUGACAUUUAUUGGAAAAUGGUAUUUUAUAUUUUGCAAAAUACAAAUUGAUGCAAUAUGAGACAUGUUCCAUUUUAAUAGUGAUGCAAUACUUGGAUACAGAAUCAUUUUCUUAGUGGAGUACAUGCCACUCAAUAUGAAACGUAUCUUUUACAAAAAAUAUACAUUAUGUGAAGCUAUGAACAGGGAUAAAGAAAAUGAUUUUCACCUCUCAGAUGACAGAUAUAACCAUACAUUCUUAUAUAUCUUUUGUUUACUGAUAUAAAAAAAGGGGGGGGUCUAAUGUGUUACAUGUAGCUAUAAUACUGUUUUUAAUGGAGUAUGUAUAUAUAUAUAUAUAUAUAGUGUAUUAAGUACAGAGGAAGCUUGUAUUCAGCUAGAGAUUCUCUCCUGGUUAAUGAUUUUCACGUACGGUACUUGUCAAAGAUUAUUUUCACGAUUUUAUUAAAUUUAGGGUCCAUUCCUAUGUUCACUGCAGUUAUAGCUCAGUGGCUUUUGGCCAAAGUAAAAGUAGCAAAAAUUAUACUGCGGCAGAAACGAGGCUUAUACACAUAGUAUAAAAUGAAAUUGCAGUGAUGUUUCCAAAUAUGCAAAUCAUAUUUCAUUGUGUCAUGCAAAAAUGUUCCAAAGGCAUGUCUAAUUGUCACAGCAUUGUAAAUGUCCCUCUCUGUACAUUACUUUAAAUCCGUGAUUCUGGAAGCAAAAUUGAAAAAGGUGUGCAAAAUCUGAAUGCAACACUACACACCUGUGCAAUAAGGGAGACAGUGUGUCUAUUUGUAGUUAUUCUGUGUAUUUGUUGGAUAAAGUGUUAUACAUUCCUCUCUGGCUUAGAGAUAAACUGUUAUUUAGCCAUAUUGUAGAUUGUAGAAUAAUAAUCAUACAUGCAGUUGUAUAUGAAGUGUAUAGAAAUAUUAACAUGAGAUUAAAUCUUUAAUUUUUUUUAAACAACUUUAAAAGGUCAUUCUGUUACAAAGGGCUUUCUUUGAUUGUGUUUACUGUAUAUUACAUGUAUGAACAAUGUCAUGAAUGAGGAAUUGUCUUUUUUCUUAAUUGAGAAUAGAUGAAUGUGGUGAAUUGUUACGAAAGUGAAAUAAAUAACAUGCAUCAAAGAGA